AUGUACAGCGAUUCGGGGCGGAAAAUCCCGUUCCCGAUCCCGGUGUUCACCGAGAACUUCAAGGGGAAUACGAUGCUGGCCCCGAACUGGGCGGACUGUCCGCUAAAUAGCGAGGCGUUCAAGAAAGCCUGCCCGACCUAUACGGUUUACCCAAAAUACCUCGCCCAGGUGGAGACACGGCCCGUCGGCGUCCGGGAGGAGGCCAGAGCCUUCUAUCGGGAUAUCCAAGCCUACCAGGGCGGCACCUUCCCGCACAGCGACAUGACGAAGGCCGGGUUGCUGGCCGGGGAGCUGGUCUACCAAAUGAUGGACAACUUCAAGCAGCACCGCGACUGCACCGAGGCCAAUAAAAUGCUAUGCCAGCUGAAGUUUUACGGUCAUUUUACGGUACGUGAA